AUGGAAUAAUUUUAAUUAGCAUCAGCAAUAUUUUUGAAGGAAUUUUUGAAGAUAGUUGAUUUUUAGAAUGUGAAUAUUGAUAGUAUAAAUGAACACAUAGAAUAAUUAAAAAGUUAAAUAUUAUAAAAUCAAUAAUAAAUUGGAAAUUUGAAAGAGGAAUAAAAUAUAGAUUAGUAAUUGUAAUUAUUGGAAUUAGAGGAAUGUUUUAAAUAGAAAAUAAAAAAAAAGUAAAAAAAUAAAUAGAAAAAUAAUACUUAAAAGUAUUUUUAUUGUUCAAAAUGUAAUAAGAGAUUCAAUCAUCCUUCAAGUUUAUCAAGACAUAAGAAAAAUUAGCAUAAAAAUGUAAAAUAAGAUAUGAUUGACAUAAAGUAACUUUAAAGUUAACAAUAAGGGGAAGUUAUAAUUAAUUUGACGGAUCUCGAAAUUUGA